AUGAAGGCUGUAGCUCUCUUCAUUUGUCUUGUAGGAUCAGCUUUUGCUAUUCCAACCCAUCCCUUACACUACAAACUCGGAACCCGUGGACAGAAAACUCCAGAAAAGACUGAAGAUAUUAAUCCUGAAGCCCCAAAGGAAGAGAACUCAGGGUACGUAGACAAGGGUGAUUCGCUGCCCAGUCACAAAAACCUAAAACCAGAGUUAUCAGUACCAGACGCUGAGCACAGGGAUGAGCCCCAAACCACUAGAAAACAAGGAAGAACUGGUAGCGAGCAUCAAGUGAAAAAUAGCCUAAAAAGCAUCAAUUUCCUUGCGCUGCACAAUAAGCCAGAUUUGGCUUCUGAUAACCGGGACAGUGACUCUGGAAGCAGCGGCAGAGAACAGCCCAGCUCUGAGCAUUACCAGUUCAGGAGGCAUGAGAAACACAGCAAUACAGCCAACCGGCAUGUUCUGGGCAAUACAGAAAAUCCAGUGGAUGCUCUCAGUCUUGAUCGUGAGCGUAACACGUGGAAAUAUAAUAAAAAUACAGUUGGCCUAUCUGAAAAAAACAGUGAAAGUGAUGAAGAAGGUGUGGAAGAAGAGGAUGAGGAAUGGGGUGAAGAAACCCAUUACAGUGAUAUGAAGAACAAAGGCCACCAGACAAAUCAAGGUAACCAAUAUAAAAGACAGCAAAAUGAAAACGGCAUGCAAUCUGAUGAGAUCCUGAGAGAUUCCAGCCAACCAAUCCGGAUAACCAAGAGACAUGGUGAGACGUUUGACCUAGAGGAAGAAGAGAGGGAGAACAGCCAGACGAAGCCCUAUAAAGAAGAAAUCCCCCUCUCUCAAAAAAUCAGUAACGAAGAUCAGGAUGACAAACAGCAAAGCCAAGAUAUGAGAGACAACAUUCAAUUAAACUAUCAGAGUGAUCAUGACGCAGUGGUGAAAAGACAACAUACGGAGGACAGUAGUGUUGAUGAUGAUGGUCACGACAGUGGUGAUGUUGAUGGCGAGGAAGAUCGCAGCAAUACCUGGAAAGAAGCAGCCUAUGAGGAAGAGGAGAGAAUCCAGAGUAAUGUCCAGGAGAGCACCAGUACUGAGCAUGACGGGGAAGGAACCACCAAAGAUGACACUGCGGUUCGUAGAGAGACCGAGGAUUACCAAGAUGUCAAGAUUAAAGAUCUUAUUCACUCUGGACAAGAUAACGACGAUCGUGAGCCACCUGAUUCUGACAGCAAGCAACAACUGGAAACGAGUAGCUCUGUUCAGAGCAUGAAUUCAAUGGAAACUGAAGAUAAGGUUAAGACUACAGGCAGUUCCUACGGUGAGACGGAAAGUGCAAACAACCAGAGUGAGGAGGCUCUCCUGGACCCAUGUAGGAACUUCCACUGCAAAAGAGGUAAGGUCUGCCAUGCGGAUAAACAAGGGAAACCCAGCUGUAUUUGCCAAGACCCUGCUGCUUGCCCUUCCACCAAAGACUAUGAGCAUGUUUGUGGUACGGAUAAUAAGACUUAUGAUGGCACAUGUCAACUCUUUGGCACCAAAUGUCAACUUGAAGGGACAAAAAUGGGACGCCAGCUGCACCUAGACUAUAUGGGCUCCUGCAAAUACAUCCCCCACUGUACUGAUUAUGAAGUGGAUCAGUUCCCCCUCCGGAUGCGAGACUGGCUCAAAAACAUCCUUAUGCAAUAUUAUGAACGUGAUCUGGGUACUUCUGGAUUUCUAACUGAAAAGCAAAGGAGUAAGGUAAAAAAAAUCUAUCAGAAUGACAAGCGCCUCAUGGCUGGUGACCACACAGUUGAGCUGCUUCUGCAUGACUUUGAGAAAAAUUAUCACAUGUAUGUGUAUCCUGUGCACUGGCAGUUUCAUCAGCUUGAUCAACACCCUGUUGACAGAUUGUUAACACACUCAGAGCUUGCACCUUUGAGAGCCUCCCUUGUUCCCAUGGAACACUGCAUAACCCGUUUCUUCCAUGAGUGCGAUGGAGACCAAGACAAACUCAUUGCUUUGAAGGAAUGGUGCCACUGCUUUGGGAUUAAGGAAGAAGACAUAAAUGAAAAUCUCUUGUUCUGA